AUGCUGAGCGCAUUGCGCAGCUGGAGCUUAAGAACUCAAGACCAAAUUGACCCGAGCAUGCCAGCCAAGAUUGGCUUACGCUGCAUCCCCAGACUGACAGGAUGGAGGGGGGGAGACUCGGUGAUCCUUGUCGACCUGGAGCAUCGAGCAUCGCUACAAGCAGUUGCACCGGGCCGCCCCCGAAAACGAAAACGCGACCGAGGUGACAUCGGUCGAAACGUCAACUCUGAAAAUGAAAGAGAAGGAGACAUUUAA